AUGAAAGUGCUCGGACUACCCCACCUACUACUAGGGGUGCUAAUUGGCAUCAGCAUCCCCUUCUUCCUACACGAAAGCCAGAUUCUUCACCAUGCAUACCACCGAAUAGCACAACUGGUGGAAAAAUGGAAGCAGAUACCACUCAAUCCAUCGGUCCUGCAGGUAGCGCAGCCUGGCUAUACCAUCCACCUGUUUUCCCUGGACCCGUUGGUAAUAUACGUGGAGGGAUUUGUCAAUGGGGAUGAGGCACAACAUCUGAUCUCACUUGCGGAUGAGAACUUCCAGCCAUCGGAGAUAUGGUCCAACAAUGGUACCGUGGGGACGAUUGCCCCUCAUAUUCGAGACUCGCAGUGGGCCUCCCCAACACGGGACGCAGUCGUACGCAGAGUAGAGAAGCGGGCUGCCGAAUUUCAAGGCUAUGGACGAGCCGGCUUUCUCGAGCCACUGAAAGUCCUCAAAUACGAAUUGGGGGGCCACUAUAACCACCAUUACGACACCUUCCCACACAGAGAGGCCCGCAUCAGCAUGGAGGGGAAUCGAUUCUCGACUUUUUUCGUCUAUUUACAGGCCAACUGUACCGGAGGAGGCACGAAUUUCCCUCGCCUUUCCCCGCCGAAGGAUGACCGAUGGUGUCAAUUUAUCGAUUGUGAUGAGCCUUACGAAGCGGGAGUUACCUUCAGGCCCAUUCCGGGCAAUGCCAUUUAUUGGCACAACCUACGAUCAAGUGAUCGGAGUCCUCAUCCUGAUCUGUUACAUUCAGGUCUUCCUGUGACCUCAGGGGUAAAGGUAGGGCUUAAUAUCUGGACUUGGACCCCUGAGGAUUGGUAG